AUGGUAGGAGACAUGAAGUUUGUAGUCGCCCUCUGGAUAAUAUUGAUUCUGCAUAAGACAGCCGACGCCCAAUUGAAGGAUGGCUUUAUGUUCAAAACACCCAUAUGUGUGGGAAAAAAUGGCGCUCUAUUGCCUAUGUUUGGUAGAUGUCGAGGAUACUACGUUUGUAAUGACGGCAGGGCUGUAGUUGGAUCCUGCGACGAGAACAGUCGAUUCAAUCCACUUACUCUGCAUUGCGAUGAUGCAGACAAUGUUAUAUGCCCCUACGAAACUUCAGAUCGUGAUGAGGAAAUUGAUUCGGAUGGUUCAGAAAGCGAUGAAUCGGAAUUCGACAGUGAUGAGAUCGAAGAGACGACAACCACUGCACGACCCGUUCUUACUUCAAAGCCACCAAAACAGCAAAAACCACACACAUUACUGUCACAGCCGAAUAUGGUUGAUGCGGAUGAUUUAUGUUGGGGCAGAAAAAGUGGAGUAGCCUUGCCUAAAGCAGACUCCUGCACUGAGUACUACGUGUGCAAGUCUAAAAAAAGUCAACUGCGUAACUGCCCAGCUCGACAGCACUUCAGCCCAACUCGUCACAUUUGCAUGAAAGCAUCGGAAGCCAAGUGUACCAUCAACCAGAAGUGGCUGCAACCGGAAGAACCCUUGUCAAGCCCAGCAAUAACUGCUGGCUUUUGCCCCGAUGAGGAGCAGGAUGCGCUAAUUCCCCAUCGUGAUGACUGUGGUAAAUUUAUGCUCUGUAGUAACAUGAUGUUCCUGGUGAUGAAUUGUCCAACAGGAUUGCAUUUCAAUGCGCAGUUGAAGCGCUGUGACUAUCCAAAGAUCGCACAAUGCGAACUGCCAAAUAAGCCAAAUAAG